AUGGAUCCAACGAGAAACGGUGCAGCUCUACAACUACUGCCACAGAUCGACGUCGAGAUUCCAACUGGGAAGUUUGUCCAUGUCUCGCCGUUGUCGAGAUCCAGCCCCAGUGUUCAUCAGCCAUCGGUCCUUCCACCCUCAGGGUGUCCUCCAACUCAACCCGACGGAGUUCUUGAGUCGAUCGAGCUCCGGCCGCUCGACGAGUUACAAGGAGCCGACCUCAACGCUCGUUCAAGCUUGCUUCCCUCCCACUCGUCGCAGCCUUCACAAGACGGCUCGGAUAGCCUGAAAGAAGACCAAAUCUCACUGCAACCUCAAGAGAACGUUGUAGACAGCAGGGAACCACGGCGUGUUGGCAUCUUCCGACUCUGGUGGCUCGAAAUCUCAGCCUGCGCCUUGAGCUUCGCUUGUUUCGGUGCCAUUCUUGGAAUCCUUCUCUACGAGAACAAUAGACCUCUGAGCCAGUGGAACUUCCGAAUAGGCUCAGGACACGACAUAGGCCCGACGGCAGUGGUAUCCUUCCUUUCCACUCUUGGGAAAUCAAGUCUUCUGCUCGUUGUCACCGAAGCUAUCAGUCAAUUGAAAUGGUUGCAUUUUGGCCGAUCACCGCACCCUCUUGUGGACGUUGAAUUGGUAUUCGCAUUUCCCCUCCGGACUCACCCUUCUUCCCUCGAGACAGCGAGCUUCCGGACAGCCACAAUCUACAAUCCCAGCCACAGCCGUUUAGAGACCGCCGGAACAUCAUACGUGACAGCUGGCAAGCUAGACUUGGCUAUGCAAGGAGCCAUCCUUCGAGGAUUUUUCGAUUCACCAAUGGAGCAAUCGGUGCAGUGUUCUAGCGGCAAUUGCACCUUCGAACCUGUCAAAACGCUCGGAGUGUGUUCAAGCUGUUUGGAUGUCACGGAGAAGAUAACGACCUCAAACUGCUCAAACGUCGAACGCGACACGAUCGUCAGGUUCGAUGACGGUUUUUUGAAUACAGACGGCUAUCUUAAUGACGAUUGCGACUACACGGUUCCGGCAAGAGAUGGUCAAAAAGGUGUUGAUCUUGGUGCGUACAGCUUCGAGGAACCUAUACUUUCAGGGGCUGAGCGCGGAUGGUCGUCCACCCGCUGGAACUCGAGCACGGCAGAGCACUACAGGGCUCCUAGCAGAAUUCUGGCACCAGCUGUGUUGGUAAACAUGCUUGCACUGCAAACACCAAGAUCAGCUUCCAUGAGUGAGAGACUGCCGGCGACCAGAGUCUGGGACUGUGUCCUUGUCUUGUGCGAAAAGACGUUCGAGAACAUCAGUGUAGAUCGAGGAGUCAACAUGAUCCCUGACCCUUUAGAGAAGCCUUUGAUCCUCCGCGACAAGACGUUUGACGGGCUAUCUCCCAUGCCGGGGAACCCACUCGGCUACCAAACCUGGCCCGCCGAUGGAGACUUCUCCCCGGAGCAAAUGUUCUCGUCACUCGCCCUGUCGAAUGACUCAGAACCUUCAUACUGGAUCAACAACCUGGACUACGGAAACAUGCAGGAGUACCUCAUGCUGCUUCUGACCGUCGGCUGGUGGGACAACGCGACCUUCCCGUCCUCGAGACAUCGAGCGGCGACUUCGACGGGGGUCUUUACCACUGAUGACGGGACACCUGACGUCGGAAGAGCUUUGGCCGAAUCUGAAGACAUACCUGCUUUGUUUCGAUGGGUCGCCGCGCAUAUGACAGAAAUUAUGAGGAUGGGGGGGCCUGGGCUUGCGAAUCGGACUGAGGCGUAUAUUCACGUUCGAUGGGGUUACCUGGCUUUGCCGUUCACCUUGACGGCGCUGUCGACAAUCGUCCUCGUGCUGGCAAUCAUCAUGACCGAACGAAGCAAUUGUCCCGCUUGGAAGAGCUCGAGUCUGGCCUUGCUGUUUCACAGCCUUGCCGACUAUAAUCUGAAUGAUCGAGUACCCACUCGGGCGAGCGACCUGGAAGCGAUAGCCAAGUCCAUGAAGGGAAGGUUGUCGAAGGACGAAUGGCCACCGGCUUUCGUCAAACAAGAUCGAAAUGCAAUAGGCUAG